AUGGUCUCUUUUGAGAUCCGACUUGAGGACGACUGGCGCAAGAAGGAGCCUCGCAGGGCCCGCGCGAGGGCCGGCGCCAGGCCCUGCCAACACGCCCAGGAUGUCACCUGGCAGAUAUUGUCGUGGCGUGCAGCUGACGUGAUCGCCGCGGCCCAGGCCGUCGCCGACCCUCAAACCUGGUGCCACGUCGCCAGCACGAACAUGCACCUGGGCUUCCAGGCGCCCUGCGGCUCCGGGCAGCCAGGGCUUCCGCUCAGCUCGGGGUGCUGCUCCCCAUCCCUGAGGGGACUGGCCUGCGAGUCGGAGAGGCCCACCGCCCUGCCGUUGAGCUACCGCGGGGGCGCGGCGCCAGACAAUUUCACCUGCCCGUCGAACGCGUCUGAGAGGAUCAGUUUCGAUUCGAUGGCCUGGGGGGCACCGCAGGCGGAGCCGCCAGGGCGGUGGACCUUCAGCUCCGAGGCGAGCCCUGCGCCAGACGCACCACGGUCUCGGUGCUGGGGCAGCCCACCGUCCUCGAUGGGCUGCCCAUCGAACCCUGUGCUGCGCGGCAUGAACAUACGCCACCGCCGCAACGUGGCGCCGCCUGAGCUGAUGAGCGGCGGCGAGGAUGGUCACAGCGAUGGCGAGGAGGAUGACGUCGAUGGCGAGGACGAUGCCUUCCCGUCGAAGAUCCUGGUUUACCCCAGCACGGAUGACGAGGGCGAGGGCGAGCCCCAGAUGAAGGCUGCGUGGGAGCUCUGGCCCGUCUGGGCGCCGAAGCCGAGGCGCAGCCUCGCCCGCACCCCAGCCGCCCUGGCGCCGGAGGCCUUGCCUGGCCCUUGCGCCCAGACGGGGCCCCUCCUGGGAACGCGCCCCCGCGAGCCCAGGCAGCAGGUGGCCCGCCAGGCUGCGCCGCCAGCGACGGUGAUGCGGCGCCUACCAGGCAUCCAGUCUCUUCCGGCAGCUCCCACGACGGCAGGCGGGACACAGCCGCCCGAAGUCUACGGUGUCCCGGCCGCUUCCGCGACGGCCACCCGAGCUGUGGUGGCCAAGGCCCCCACGCAUCAGGAGACCCAGGCCCAGGAAGUUGCUCACAAGUGGAAGAAAAGCCAGAAGGAUCGGCGCGCCAACCAGCCCAGGAUCACAACUCUGGUGGUGCGCAACCUGCACAUCCACACGUCUCAGCAGGAAUUCCUCGACGAGGUCAACAGCAGUGGCUUUGCAGAGAAGUACAACUUCGCAUACAUCCCAAGGAGCUUCGAAGACGGUUCCGGAAAAGGCAUCGGCUUCAUCAAUUUCAACACGCCUGAGGCGGCCAGGGCGUUUGCGGCGGCGUGGCACCACUCCAGGCGCCUCGGCAUGGAGGACGAGACUGGCCGAGUGGUCCCCCUCAACGUAUCUAACGCUUCUCAGCAGGGCCUUGAGGCUAAUCUGCGCAAGUGGACCGCCGCACGGGUGACGCGCGUCAAGAAUCCAGAGUUCUUGCCUUUCGUCCUCAGGGACGUAGAGCCAGAGCCGCAUGAGGCCGGCCGCACCGCUGCCCAGCAGGAGGCGGCCGAGCCCGGAAGGCCCGAGGCGGUUGACGGCCUGCCGCCGCCCGCCACGGCCAGGAGAGUUACGCCGCUGCCCGCCGCUGCAGACGGCGUCCGGGCGCAGGGGAUGCUCGCCACCCCGCCGCAGGAGCGCCCCGUCUCCGCGGGGCUGCCUUGCAGAGUGGUCGCCGAGGCCUCGCACGGCGCCGCCGCCCCCUCGCGCCCCGCGGCGCCGCGAGACGGGAGCCACGGGGAGGCGCUCAGGAGGCCCGCGUCCGCCGCGCUGCGCGCCAGUGCCGCCGCCACGGCGGCCGCAAGCCCACCCGCGCCGGCGGAGCCUGCGCUGCCAGUGGGCCCGGACAGGCCCAAGUCCGCCCUCGCGAGCCAGGCGCCGUGGGCGGCGGGAGCCACCCGGCUGCUGCCGGGCGGCGCGAAGCCCGACCCGGCAUUCCAAACCGCCGCCUUCCUCCGCAAGAAGGCCAUGGAGGACGACGCCGGCAGCCAGGUACCAACCGUAAUGCCGCGGCGAUCCAUCCCCCGUGCGGCCGCGGCCAUCUUGGUCGCGGCGGCGACGUCGGCUUGGGCCAACGGAGCCACCGACUACAACUCGGUGACGCCCGUGCAGAAGGUGAUCCAGAUGUUGACGAACAUGGCCGCCAGGGCCAAGAAAGAGAAGAACGCCGAGGCCGUCGGGUACGCCAAGUUUGACCAGUUCUGCAAGGGCACCAUCGUGUCCAAGGGGGAGGAGAUCGCCGCCGCCGCCGCGCUGAUCGAGAGCCUGUCGGCCGAGAGCGCCAAGCUGGACUCCGACGUCCAGACGCUCGGGACGGCGAUCGGCGACUUGGAGAACGGCAUAGCUGCCAGCAAGGCCGAGCUCGAGAAGGUCGCGGCGCGCCGCGAGAAGGAGCAGGCAGACUACAGGGAGCAGAUCCAGGACCUCACCGAGUGCGUCGACGCGCUGGAGCGUGCGGCCGCCACCCUGCAGAGGCAGAACUACGCGCGGCCCGCGGCGGCCACGGAGGCGCUGCUGCAGCUCUCGCAGAGCCCGGCCAUGCCGGAUCGCGUGCGCAGGACCAUCGCCGCCCUCGUGGAAGCCCAGGGGCCCGACGAUUUCCUGAACCGACAGGCCCCAGAAGCUUCGGCUUACGAGUUCCAGUCUGGGAGCAUCAUCGACGUGUUGAAAAAGUUGCGCGACGACUUCGUGCAGCAGAAGGGCGAGGCGGAGAAGGAGAACAUGAAUUCCGAGCACGCCGCCCAGAUGAUGUCCCAGGACCUCCACGACCAGAUCGAAGGAGCCACGGCCGACAUCUCCGACAAGACCCAGCUCCGCGCGGAGAAGCAGGCGAUCUCCGCGGAAACGAAGAAGCGACUGGCGGCAACCGUCACCGACCACGACGAGGCCACGGUGUACCUGAAGGACCUGCGCGUGGAGUGCGAGGAGAAGGGCAAGUCCUUCGAGGAGAAGCAGGCUAUGCGUGCUGACGAGAUCGAGGCAAUCGAGAAGGCGAUCGAGAUCUUAAGCUCGCCCGACGUGGCCGGCGCUGCCGAGCAGCACCUGCCAGCCGCGGCCGCGGCCGCAUCCUCGCUGGCGCAGCUGCGCUCGAGCGGGGGUCAGCAGCAGCCCGCGCUGGCCCCGGGCGUACGCAGGACCUUGGCGGCCUUCCUGGGGCAGCGGGGCCAGCGCAUCCGCAGCUCCAGGCUCGGACUGUUGGCGCAGAAGAUCGCCUCGAGCAGCGACCCAUUCGCCAAGGUAAAGGCGCUCAUAGAGGAGAUGAUCAAGCAGCUCUUGCGGGAGGCUGGAGAGGAGUCCGAGCACAAGGGCUGGUGCGACACGGAGCUCGGCACCAACAAGAACACUCGGAGGAGGCUCCAGGAGGACAUCGACGGCCUCACCGCAAGGAUCGACGAGGGCGAGGCAACCGUGGCGGAGGGCUCCCGGCGCAUGGAGCAGCUGGCGCAGGAGGUCUCCGAGCUGCAAGCUGCCAUGAAGGAGGCGCUGGAGCUGCGCGGCGCGGAAAGGGCGAAGAACGAGGCGACCAUCCAGGAUGCCAAGGCCGCGCAGGGCGCCGUCCGCGCCGCCACGGCCAUCCUGGAGGACUUCUACAGGAGGGCCGCCACCGCGACGGCGCUGCUGCAGACGGCGCGCGCCCGCGGGCCCGUGAAGAUGGGCUCGCCGGAGUGGAACUCGCUGGCCAACCCCAGCGCGGAGCCGCUGGAUCAGGGCCACAGGAAGGACAUGCAGACCUUUGGCAAGACGUACACUGGCAGGAGCGACGAGGCCGGCGGCGUCCUGGCCAUGCUGGAGGUGAUUCGCAGCGACUUCGCCCGCCUGGAGGCCGACACGGCUGCUUCGGAGCAGGCGGCCGCCGACGAGCACCAGGGUUUCAUGGCGGAGUCCAGGAAGAGCGUGGCCGUCAAGGAUAAGGAGAGCGGCAUGCUCAAGGCGGACGUGGCCUCGACGGAGGCCGACCUGGCCACGGCCCGGAAAGACCUGGCCGGGUCUCAGGACCAGCUGCUCGCCGCCGACCGCGAGUUCGAGACGCUGAAGCCACAGUGCCUCGACCUGGGGGUGAGCUUCGAGGAGCGCGAGAAGGCGAGGCGCGAGGAGAUCGAGAGCCUGCAGGAGGCCCUGCGCAUCCUCGGCGGGGAGGCAAGGGCGGACUUGGCAGCGUUGGGCAUCGUCGCCGAGAGGGAGACGCCCGACAAGAUCCUCUUCAAGAUGUACAUGCGCACGGGCGGCUCCACGUACGGGAGGAUGAACAAGGAGGCAGAGAGUCGGCUGCCGGCCGGCGGGCGGUCUCCACUUGCCAUGACCGAGGUCCUGAAGUCCGAGGCGCUGGAGGAGGUGAAGAAAGCCCAGCUGGUUCCGAGGGCACAGGAGGGCGACCACCUCGACAAGUGGGAAAUGGGCACCCUGGCCGAGGUGUGCCGCGCCAUCAAACACUACGACGAGGUCGCUCGCGGCCCCAUCACCGAGAACAUGCGCCAGUAUUCCAGCAGAGGCUACAGGGAGGAGUUCGGUCGGAAGGCCUUCGUCAGGAACCCUCCAUGGGCAUUCGGCUGA